UUUCAGGGACAGCAGGGCUGUCGGAACAGGGGCAGCAGUGUCUCGGCUUUUUUCGAUCACUGGUAAGCAGUGGCUGGGAAUUGUCUGUCUCCUCUCCAGCACGCCAUUGUGUGACGGUCCUCCCUCAGUCGAUAGGAAUUUACCCGAGGAAAAUGAAAGUGCCGAAGACGGUGUGAGGAGUUUGGUUGAUGCCCCCCUUCUAGACAUGGAACUAACGCCAGUCUAGUGAGACAGUGACCCGAUGCUUUAUUUAAAACCUCAGGUGCAACUACAUGUGAUAUAUGUUGGGUAAAGGUGAAAAGCGGAAACUGGACGAGGAUGAAGACGGGCUGGAAGGCAAAGCGCUGGCGUCGGCGGAGGCGGCGGACGGGCCGUCCAAGGUGUCCUACACCCUGCAGAGGCAGACCAUCUUCAACAUCUCGCUGAUGAAGCUGUACAACCAGCGCGCGCCAACGGAGCCCAGCCUGGAGAGGCGCGUGCUCAUCAACAACGUGCUGCGCCGCAUCCAGGAGGAGCUCAAGCAGGAGGGCAGCCUGCGGCCGCUCUUCUUCCCCGCCUCCGCCCCGCCCGACGACCCCGUGGACGAGGGCUUCCGGGAGGCCCAGCCCACCUUCGGGGCGCUGUCCGCCGCGGCCCCGCCGCCACCGUCGCCGCCCCCGCCGCCGCCGCCCCCCUCGGCCCCCGCGCCGCCGGACUCCUGCCUCACCCCCGCCUCCCUGCUGGAGGACGACGCCUCCCUGUUUUGCACUUCUCCGUCCCCCCACCUCGCCCACCAGCAGCACGGCCCGCCCAGGUCGCCCCCCCCGGCCACGAAAGACAGCUUCUCCUCGGCCCUGGAGGAGAUCGACGAGCUCUGUCCGGCUACGACGACGACAACUACCUCCCCCCCCCCCUCGCCCGAGGCCGUGCCCCAUCUGCCCUCGACCCCCCCGGGGAUAGACUCAAAAGACUGCAGCAAGACCUGUGGCCAAAAGCUCGAGGGGCCGGUCUCGCAGCCGGAGAGCCGGGCCGCGACGGACGAGUCCAGGCUGAUGGACACGCUGCCCCCUAGUGGCCUGGACAUGAGCUCGUCCACCUCCUCUUCCUCGGGCUUCCUCACAGACCUGGCCCUGGACGACAUCCUGUUCGCGGACAUCGACACCUCCAUGUAUGACUUUGACCCCUGCACCUCUGCCUCGGGGGCCACCGCCUCCAAAAUGGCCCCCGUGGUGACGGCGGACGACCUCGUCAAGACUCUGUCCCCCUAUGGUGGCGGCGCGUCCUCGGUCACCCCGAGCCAGCCUUUCAAAAUGGACCUUGCCGAGCUGGACCACAUCAUGGAGGUCUUGGUCGGCUCUUGAUUUCAACAGACGCAAAUCAAAGAAAACUUUAUACAAGAACAAAAAAUCAAUACUUCUCUGACUGUUUUUUGUACAGUUUUUUAAAUGUCUGGCAAUUGUAAGAAAAGGAAUGGUGAUGACACCCAGUACUACUUCACAACACUGUGCAUGCAUUUUGCUUGCCUUUCCAAAAAGAAAAUGAGGAACACACCUGGCUUCUAGCAGAUUUGAGUGCCUUCAUCCAUGUAUGACCACUUUGUAAAUUCCGGUUUGUUUUUCUUUUUUUUCUUCCUUUUUUUUUUUCUAAUUGUCCUUGAACAGGCAUGAUUACCUGCAAAAAGACUCAUAACUAUGUAUGGACAGUUUUCCUAGCGGUGCAAAGAAUGAACAUUUAAUUGUUAAGCACAAAGAUGUAUACAGAGAAGCAUAUUGAGUUACAUUUGCCUUUCUGUAUAUAGUUUUUCUUUGAGAAGUGUAUAGGAAGGUCUUUUUUUUG